AAAAAACCCUCCUUUUCCUGUGCACAGUCGAUGGACAGGUGAAGAAACUAAAUAGGAGACGGAAGCAAAAUUAAAUAAAGGCGGAAGAGAAGAGAAACGAGAGAGGGAAGUAGAAAGAUAAAGGAAAAAUGAAGCUCAAAGUAUACGCAGAUCGAAUGUCGCAGCCAUCCAGGGCUGUCAUCAUCUUCUGCAAGGUAAAUGGUAUAGACUACGAGGAGAUCAGAGUAGAUAUCUCAAAGGGUCAGCAUUUAACUCCUGAAUUCGCAGAAAUAAAUCCCAUGAAACAGCUGCCGGCCAUUGUUGAUGGAAGAUUUAAGUUGUUUGAGAGCCACGCCAUUCUUAUCUUUCUUGCUUGUGCAUUUCCUGGAGUUGCAGAUCAUUGGUAUCCAGCUGAUGUUUUCAAGAGAAGUAAGAUACACUCAGUGUUGGAUUGGCAUCACUCCAACUUACGUCGUGGACCAGUCACAUACGUUCUGAAUACUACACUAGCACCUUUACGUGGCCUUCCAUUGAAUCCACAAGCAGCUGCUGAAGCUAAGAAACAUCUGUCCUCAUCUCUGUCAAAGAUAGAGUCCAUUUGGCUCAAGGGUAAUGAGCGUUUUUUGCUGGGUGGGAACCAACCAUCUAUAGCAGAUCUUAGCCUCGUUUGUGACAUAAUGCAACUUGAGGUUUUGGAUGAGAAGGAUCGCACUAGGUUAUUGGGUCCACACAAGAAAGUUCAGCAGUGGAUUGAGAAUACAAGAAAUGCCACGCAACCUCACUUUGAUGAAGUGCAUAAGAUCCUCAUGAAAGUCAAAGAAAAACUUCAGAAUGAGCGGUCAAAGGGAGCAAAUGAUGGAGGUGGAUCUAGCACGAAAAAGCUAUCGCUUUCAAGAAUGUGACCGGUGAAACUGCAUUACUUUUAUUCAUCACCAGAAUUUGUGGAGUUUAACCUUCUUUUUUUUAACAAAUAAAGGCUACGCUAAUGAUUCAUAAGCCAUUAUUAGCUUAUAGAAAUACCGCACUUGUUUUACCUAUGGUUUACACUUGUUUAUAGUGCAUCACUUGUACUUAUCACCAAAUCUAGUAUCCAUGUUUUUAGGGUAAAUAAAAAAAUGGUUUUUAUACUAUAUAUAUAUAUAUUUUAUCAG